AUGGUCGGAAAAGUGGAUUGGUCCUACAAAGAUAUGUUAUGGAAGAGAUUAGGAGAAAAUUUCCAAGUAACUAGAGUAACAGCAUACGGUUCACCAGGUACCCAGAAAGGAGAGAGCGAGUCAUUUCCACCUAAAUGUACAAAUGAUCCGCAGAAUAUAGCACAGCAAGAAAUACAAGAGCAAAAGUUUGGUGAAAUGAAUUUACAUUUGAAAUAA